AUGACGAAUAGUCUCAAGUUUCCUCACCAUAAAUUGAAUAGUUCACAAUAUGAAGAAAUUGUGAACGAAAAAAAAUUAAAGAAAAAGACUAAAAAUUCAAAUAAAAAAAAUAAAGGAAGAAAAAACAAAAAUGCCCAUUCGACCGUGCAUUCAAAUAUACCUAUAGACUGUAAAGAACAACCAGUGCCCGUCCACUCCAUCGAAAAUCAUCCUCCCGAAAAUUGCGUGAACAAUUAUAUUCCGCGGUGUAAUGAACAACUGCCUAUAACUAAACCAACUAAAGCAUUGGAGGAUCAAAAUAGAAAAGAUUCAACAAAUACUGAUUCCUCAUUGGAGAAAAAAUCUCUUUUAGAUGAAGCAAACAUAAUUGAGAUAAAUUUACCACCAAAUCAUAAUUCCUUUGACCGUUUUCAUCGUAUUAUAAAAAUAGAUGAAUUAGGAAUAAUUACGAUAAAGAUCAUUUAUCCUGACAAACCAGAAACUUAUAUAGUUAUGGAUUCUAGACCUGAUAAUAUCAAUCAAUGUAAUACUAGUGAAAUCGAUCAAAUUCCUUCAAUCAUACCGGAUUUUAUCGUUAUCAACCUUCCUGGUAUGGAAUUUUCUCUACAAGUAUAUCCUAAUUCUGAUGAAUGCGGAAAGCCGAUGGUGAUUUCGACGGCUUCUUAUUCAACUUAUUCUCCUUGUUCUGAUUAUGUUGUACGGGCUGAAUCUGAGCAAAUAUCCACUUCUGAAACUUCAAAUUUUCAUAAAUCUACUCAAUCUUGA